AUGCCGGUGAAGUUUGGCGAGAUCGCUCUAGCAGCGGUUUUCGCUAAAUUCACCGUACCCAUCACUUUUGGGAGCUCCUCAGAGGUCGUCACAGACGAGAGAAGGAUUUGGCGCGGUAUCACAUCGAAUGCUGUGAAAGUUUGGUUGAGAAGCAGGAAAACAGAUGCCAAUGCUAGAGUUUUGCCAAAUAGCGGAAUGCAGAGCAGGGCCAGCCCGCAAGGUACCUGUGUGAGGAUGGACGACUUGACAGGGCCGACGUGUUUGGCGAACCACGCGGACGGAAUUGCAGCGAGUGCUUGUAAAAUGUCCAGCGACGAGAAGAUGGCUCCGAGAGUCGCUGCCGGAGCGUCAAACUCUUUUGCGAGAACGGCUUCCUCGAUCGACUUGAACGGGCCCGUCUCGCUUCCAGACGGUGAAAUCACACCUAACACCGAGGCGACGAGAAGCAGGCCGAAGCUAUCCGUUCCCGACGCAAACACAGCGCCAGAUGCCAGCAUCAAAAAGCUGCCAAGCACCAUUAUGCGGCGAUUGCCUAUUUUGUUUGAGUUCCACACCAAAAUGUACGACAGCAGGGUAUCUCCUAUCAUGGUGAGCGACAUGAACAGACCGAUCAGGGACUCCUUGAUGUGCAACUCCUUGAGAUACAACGUCAGCACCUGGUUGGUCAGGCUAAAAGAUGACAUUCGUACAAACACUGAAAACCACAGCACUUUCGUGUCUGAGCUUGCAUGGUUGAUGCUCUCUAGAAAGUGCACCAUAGUAUUUUUCAGAUAA